AUGAAACCGGUAGUUAUCCUAAGCAACAAGGAUUGCGCCCGAAAGUGCAGUCCGGUAACGCGCAUCGCACCUGAAAGUGCAAACCCGACUUGUAAAUCGCGAAGUCAUAAAUCAAAAGAUAAACGCGAAAUAGAUAAUAUAAGCGAAGUAACUAUCUGCCAAAUUAGCGAUAGCGAAAAUUCCGCAUCGUCCGACACGGGUAGGCGAUCCGAAACCGCGUCGAAUAAAACCAUCGGAACUAGCGAUAGGCUUAAGGAUACCGAAAGCAAAAAGAUAUCGAACAAACCGAAGGCACGCGACAAGCCGAACACGCAACCAAACCCAGCGCCAGUGGCGACACCAGCCAAGUCAGCUGAUUGGCCGACGGACCAGCGAACCCGUGCGAACGUGCCCACAAGCGACGUCGACCAAUCACAGGUACCUAGGGACAUCGGAACAAGACCGAAGUUAACCAUCUCUAGACCACUUAACCCGAGCUCAGAAGUGAUACGAAUCGCUCGAAACGAACAACAAAGUAAACACAGUGUGAAAACAGAAAGUUCAAACACAAAAACGAUACAGAGAGCUAUCAAGAAAUUAACCAAGAUGUUGGAUAACAUCGAGGAUCUAGAUCUUGACAGCGACGAGGAGAAAAUGCUUGACCAAGCAGCCGUUAACAUCUUAAACCGAGAACUUGAAUCAAGGAAAAGAAAAAGAUUGGAAUUCCUGAAGGACUUAGCAGGACCAGACCCACAGACAGACGCGAGAUUCAGCAGAAAGCAAGCAGCCGAAAUGCUUCAAAAAGAUAUCAGGAAAAGUAGUGCGCUCGCUGAAUUUAUCAACACGCAUUACAAAAACGUGGCGAAACAAAACUGCACGUUCGAUUCAACCGAAAUCAAAGAUGAACACGGGAAUCUCGUCGCGAAAGUAAAAAUCAUGCUGGAAGUAGAGGUAACGGAUAAAACAAAAAAUCAGUUACCUAACCUACGCAUAAUAGCCGAUUUAAUAAAUCAGGUUGUUAACAUCAAAUAUCUGUAUUACCCCGACGAACCUCGAUCAGAACAGCAAACAGAUGCCCAAGAUACGAUACAAGCACAGGGCAAUAAUACAAUAAUUCAAAAAACAUACGAAACUGAGUCACUUAACCUCCAAAGUCAACCCGAACACACGCAAACUGCCGGCGAACAAAACAAUCAAAAAAUCGCCUUAAAUCAGGGAGAAAGUGACAAAGAAAAUAGAAAAAUAGAGGAAGAAGCUAAUCGAUCUAACAGAAACGAGUCCGAGGAACGGGACUCGAAAAUGGAGAAAUCCCCAAGGAAGCGAACGAGGCCUAAAUACACCUUCACAAGUGACGAAUCCAGCGAGGAAGAACCGCCUACGCCCAAAAAGGGGGCAUUGAAACCGUCCCCCAGGGUCAGCCUACGCCCCGGUCCAUCAACAUCAUUGGAGGACAUAGCCGGGACAGCAACGGCAGUACCGACCGAAUCUGAGGAGGCUCAACCCAGUACAAAAGUAAGCGUCAUCCUGCAGCGUACCCCAGUGCCAGCAGACGACGGGGCAAGCACUUGCAAGCCAACCCGACCCGAAGCUGAGUGGGAAGAGGCAUAG